UCGUGGACCCAUUGAAGGAUUUCUUCCUCCUUCUCCCACUCCUUCACGCUUUCUCUCUCUAAGCUCUGCAAUAGUCUUAUAGCUCCCUAUACACUCACACACCAAACACUUUCUCUCUCUAAGAAUAUGGAUGCAUGCAUCAUCACUGGGCAGUUGCCCUAACUUCAGUGAAGUCUGAAGAAGAGAAAUAAGCUAAGACGACAGGGAAAUUGCUGUGUUGAGUGAUCAGUAGUCCAGUGUAAUCCGGAGUUCUCUCUACUAUGGAGAAGCAGAAAGAGAAGGAAGAGAGGGAAAUUAGGAAGAACUCGAGGAAGAGACAGCUCAGGACGAUGCUUCGCAAGAACUGGCUCCUCAAAAUUCGCCAUCCUUAUAUCACCUGCGCUGAGAUUUUGCUACCAACUAUUGUCAUGCUGUUGCUAAUAGGAGUGAGAACACAAUCUGAUACUCAAAUCCACCCAGCACAGGCGUAUAUCCAGAAAGGAAUGUUUAUGGAAAUAGGAAAAGGUGAUAAAUCUGCAACUUUCAACCAAAUUUUGGAGCUGUUGAUAGCCAAUAAUGAGUAUUUGGCUUUUGCACCGGAUACACCUGAGACAAGGAUGACGAUCAAUAUUCUUUCUCUUAAAUUUCCUCUGCUGCAGCUUGUUACUAGAGUUUACAAUGAUGAAGAAGAGCUUGAAACAUACAUACGGUCCUAUGAUUAUGGAACUUGUGAUCAGAAGAAGAAUUGUACAAAUCCAAAAAUUAAAGGAGCCAUUGUAUUUCAUGAACAAGGCCCUCAAGUGUUUGAUUAUAGCAUACGCCUAAACCAUACAUGGGCCUUCUCAGGAUUUCCUGAUGUUAGCACCAUCAUGGACACAAAUGGUCCCUUUCUUAAUGACUUGGAUUUAGGCGUGAAUCCUGUACCAAUCCUGCAAUACAGCUUAAGUGGAUUUUUCACUCUCCAGCAAGUCAUGGAUUCAUUCAUUAUCUAUGCUGCUCAACAAAUUAUGACAAACUCAUCAUUCUUGAAAUGGGGCUCUUCUGGUACGGACUUCCCAGUCAAAAUACCUUGGACUGAGUUUAGUCCUUCAAACAUAAGAAUUGCUCCUUUUCCAACUCGUGAAUAUACUGAUGAUGAGUUCCAAUCCAUAGUCAAGGAAGUUAUGGGGAUUCUGUACUUAUUGGGAUUUCUCUAUCCAAUCUCCCGUCUUAUAAGUUAUUCUGUCUUAGAAAAGGAGCUGAAGAUUAAAGAGGGCCUAUACAUGAUGGGGCUCAAGGAUGAGAUAUUUCAUCUCUCUUGGUUUAUAACAUAUGCUUUGCAGUUUGCAGUUUCUUCUGUGAUCAUUACACUCUGCACUAUGACUACCCUUUUCCAGUACAGUGACAAGUCACUGGUGUUCGUCUACUUCUUUGCUUUUGGACUCAGUGCUAUCACAAUGUCCUUUCUGAUCUCUACAUUUUUCACACGAGCAAAAACUGCCAUAGCUGUUGGGACGCUUUCUUUCAUUGGGGCAUUUUUCCCUUAUUAUACGGUCAAUGAUGAGACUGUUUCCAUGGUAUUAAAAGUGAUGGCUUCAUUUCUUUCACCCACAGCCUUUGCAUUGGGUUCUAUCAACUUUGCUGACUAUGAGCGUGGUCAUGUUGGACUCAGAUGGAGUAACAUUUGGCGGGAAUCUUCUGGAGUUUGCUUUUUGGUCUGUCUCUUGAUGAUGUUAUUUGACACAGUACUCUAUGGUGCUAUUGGUCUCUAUCUAGAUAAGGUUCUUAGUAGGGAGAAUGGAUUGCACUUCCCAUGGAAUUCCACAUUCUGGAAAUCCUUUUGGAGGACAAAAAAUACUAGAGAACAUUAUGCUUCAACCUCAGAAGUCAAUUUAAUUGACAACUCAGAUAAAGAGAGUGCAAAUCUAUUUGGAGAAGAGAUAUACAAACCGGUCAUGGAAACUAUCAGUUUGGAAAUGAAACAACAAGAGAUUGAUGGGAGAUGUAUACAGAUCAGGAAUCUGCAGAAGGUGUACAGUACAAAUAGGGGAAACUGUUCCGCUGUUAAGUCCUUACAACUGACCUUAUAUGAGAAUCAGAUUCUUGCUCUUCUAGGACACAAUGGGGCUGGUAAAAGCACGACAAUAUCUAUGCUUGUUGGUCUUCUUCCUCCUACUUCUGGUGAUGCUUUGGUUCUUGGGAAAAACAUCUUAACUGACAUGGAUGAGAUACGGAAGAGUUUGGGUGUGUGUCCUCAAUAUGACAUUCUUUUUUCAGAAUUAACUGUGAAGGAACAUUUAGAAAUCUUUGGUAAUAUAAAGGGAGUGAGUGAAGACAAGAUUGAUAGUGUUGUGACUGAAAUGGCUGAUGAAGUUGGCUUAGCAGACAAACUUAAUACUGUAGUAAGAGCUCUUUCUGGGGGUAUGAAAAGGAAGCUAUCCCUUGGUAUAGCACUAAUAGGAAACAGUAAGAUAAUUGUUCUUGAUGAACCGACCAGUGGAAUGGAUCCAUAUUCAAUGCGGUUGACCUGGCAGCUGAUAAAAAGAAAAAAGAAGGGACGAAUAAUCUUACUAACAACUCACUCCAUGGAUGAAGCUGAUGUAUUAGGAGAUAGAAUAGCUAUCAUGGCCAAUGGUUCUUUAAAAUGCUGUGGAAGUUCUCUCUUCUUAAAGCAUCACUUCGGAGUUGGUUAUACCCUUACUUUGGUUAAGGCUGCACCUGGACCCACUGGAGUUGCGGAUAUUGUUUACAAGCACAUUCCAUCUGCUACAUGUGUGAGCGAAGUUGGAACUGAAAUUUCCUUCAAACUCCCUCUUGCAUCCUCAUCUUGUUUUGGAAGCAUGUUUCGCGAAAUAGAGUGCUUCAUGAAAAGGUCCAUGCCUAAUUCUGGAAUUGAAAACCGUGGGGAGGAAAAUCUGGGUAUUGAAAGUUAUGGCAUAUCUGUCACAACUCUAGAGGAAGUAUUUCUAAGAGUUGCUGGGGGUGAUUUUGAUCAAGACGAGAGCCAUGAGGAGAUAGAAGGACCAGUUUCAUGUGAUACGGCUACUUUGCAACCCUGCCAAUCUUAUGCUCAAAAAAGAACCUUCCAUUCUAAGUUAUGCGGAACCUAUUUUAGAAUCAUUUGUUUUAUAGCCACCAUAAUUGGAAGAGCUUCUUUUCUAAUCAUCACUACAGUUUUAAGUGCUCUUAGGUUCCUAAGUAUGCAGUGCUGUUGCUGCUGUAUACUUUCAAGGUCAAUGUUUUGGAAACAUUCAAAAGCAUUACUCAUAAAGAGAGCAAAAUCUGCUCAGAGAGAUAUGAAAACAAUUGUUUUCCAGCUUCUAAUUCCUGCUGUGUUUUUGCUUUUUGGUCUACUGUUUCUGAAACUUAAGCCACAUCCUGAUCAGCAGUCAGUCACCUUUACAACUUCGUACUUUAAUCCUUUACUAAGUGGUGGUGGCGGCGGUUGCCCAAUUCCUUUUGAUCUUAACUGGCCUAUUGAAAAGGAGGUUGCAAACUAUGUUCAGGGAGGGUGGAUACAAAAGUUUCAACAAACAACAUAUAGAUUCCCAGAUUCUGAGAAGGCAUUAAGUGAUGCUAUCGAGGCAGCGGGGUCUACCUUGGGACCUAUCUUGCUUUCUAUGAGUGAAUAUCUAAUGUCUAGCUUCAAUGAAUCAUAUCAAUCAAGGUAUGGAGCAAUUGUGAUGGAUAAUCAGAAUGAUGAUGGCAGUCUAGGAUAUACUGUUCUGCAUAAUAGUUCUUGUCAACAUUCUGCUCCAACCUUCAUCAAUGUGAUGAAUUCAGCGAUACUCAGGCUUGCUACGCAUAAUGACAAUAUGACAAUUGUUACACGUAACCACCCUUUGCCUAUGACUGAAAGCCAACACCAGCAACGCCAUGAUUUGGAUGCGUUCUCUGCUGCAAUAGUUGUUGCCAUUGCAUUUUCUUUUAUUCCUGCCUCAUUUGCUGUGGCCAUUGUAAAGGAACGCGAAGUAAAAGCUAAGCAUCAGCAACUAAUUAGUGGGGUGUCUAUACUUUCUUAUUGGACUUCAACAUAUAUAUGGGACUUCAUCAGCUUUUUAUUUCCUUCCUCCCUUGGCCUUGUUUUCUUUUGCAUCUUUGGACUUGAUCAAUUUGUUGGAAAGAAUGCUCUCUUCCCUACGGCUCUCAUGUUUGUGGAAUAUGGGCUAGCAAUUGCCUCUUCAACGUAUUGCCUUACUUUCUUCUUUUCUGAGCACAGCAUGGCACAGAAUGUGGUACUCUUGGUCCAUUUCUUCACCGGGCUCAUUCUUAUGGUUAUAUCAUUUAUAAUGGGUCUAAUAGAGUCAACAGCACAUCUGAAUUCUCUUUUAAAGAACUUCUUCAGAUUGUCUCCGGGGUUUUGCUUUGCUGAUGGGCUAGCUUCAUUAGCCCUUCUACGGCAAGGAAUGAAGACUGAUUCUGAUGAUAAAGUUCUUGAUUGGGAUGUCACUGGUGCCUCUAUUUGUUAUUUAGCUGCAGAGGCCAUUGUGUAUUUCCUUUUAACAAUUGGGCUUGAGUAUUUGCCACAUCAAAGGAUGAACCUAUCAAGAGCUUAUGAAUGGUGGAAAGGAUUAAAAAAUUCUGUCUAUGCAACUUCCAGUAGCUCUUCAGAACCUCUUCUACAAUCUUCUGAAGAUGGAACUCUUGAACUCGAUGAGGACAUAGAUGUUAAAACAGAGAGAAAUCGGGUUCUAUCAGGCUCAACAGAUAAUGCAAUUAUAUGCCUGUGUAAUCUUCGGAAGGUUUAUGCUGGAGGGAAGCAUCAUGGCCCAAAAAUUGCAGUUCAUUCAUUGACAUUCUCAGUCCAAGAAGGAGAAUGUUUUGGUUUUCUAGGGACAAAUGGGGCAGGGAAGACAACAACUCUGUCAAUGCUAUCUGGAGAAGAACAACCAAGUGAUGGAACUGCAUUUAUUUUUGGCAGAGACAUAUGUUCAAACCCAAAGAUUGCUCGUAGACACAUUGGAUAUUGUCCACAGUUUGAUGCUCUACUAGAAUUCUUAACAGUCCAAGAACAUCUUGAGCUCUAUGCAAGAAUUAAAGGAGUUCCAGAGUAUGAACUGGAAGAUAUUGUUAAGGGAAAGUUAGUGGAGUUUGACCUGUUGAAGCAUGCUAAUAAACCAUCCUUCGCCCUUAGUGGAGGGAACAAACGGAAGUUGUCUGUUGCAAUUGCAAUGAUUGGAAAUCCACCGAUUGUUAUCCUUGAUGAGCCAUCCACUGGUAUGGAUCCUAUUGCCAAACGUUUCAUGUGGGAAGUAAUAUCUCGUCUAUCAACUAGACGUGGGAAGACAGCUGUCAUCCUAACUACUCACAGCAUGAAUGAAGCUCAAGCACUCUGUACAAGGAUUGGGAUAAUGGUUGGUGGAAAGCUGAGAUGCAUAGGAAGCCCACAACAUUUAAAAACGCGUUUUGGGAAUCAUCUUGAACUUGAGGUUAAACCAAUAGAAGUCAGCUCAAAUGACUUGGAAAAUCUCUGCCGAAUAGUUAAAGAGAAACUAUUUGACCUCCCUCCCCUUCCAAGGAGUAUACUUGAUGACAUUGAAGUGUGCAUAGGAGGUAUUGAGUCCUCCCCAGAAAAUGCAUCUGUGGCAGAGAUUAGCUUAUCAAAAGAGAUGAUAAUGACAGUUGGAAGAUGGCUUGGCAAUGAAGAAAGAGUAAAAGCGCUUGCAUGUGCACCUGAUGAUUCUUCGGGUUAUAUUGAGCAGUUAACAGAGCAGUUGGUUCGGGAUGGUGGAAUCCCGCUGCCAAUAUUUUGCGAGUGGUGGUUGGCUAAAGAGAAGUUUUCAGCAAUUGAUGCAUUCAUUCAAUCUUCGUUUCCCGGUGCAACAUUUCAAGGUUGCAAUGGACUGAGUGUUAAGUAUCAGUUGCCAUAUGGAGAAGAUCUCUCACUCGCUGAUGUAUUUGGGCACAUAGAGAUGAACAGAGAGCAGUUGGGCAUUUCAGAAUACAGUGUCAGUCAGUCUACACUUGAGACAAUCUUCAACCAUUUUGCAGCUAAUUCCGCCUGAGUGAGCUAACCAUCCUCUUACUUUUUGCUAACGAGGAGCUGUUCAUAUUUCUUAAACUAGGAGAUGUUGAAAGAUAGGAGAAAGUGAUCAAGAAACUAUAUAGAGUAGGUUUUUUUUUUUUUUUUUUUUUUUUUUGGGUUCACAAUGUAACUUGAUUGGAGCGUAAAUGGAUACUCCGUGUAUGGGAAUUGAAUACAUACGUAAAUGGUAAAUAUAAUCAUAAAUUGUAAUACGUA